AUGACCCUGCAACAGGAACAGAAGCAACCAGUAGCAAGGCUCGCGGGAGUAGCAGAAGUCUGGAAACCUUCUCCAGGUAUGCUCUCCAGGACGUUUAACUUAACAAUUUCCAGCAUGUCAGCAACUGCCAAUCAGCUUUAUGUAGACUGUUCCAGAGUUUCAGACUUGGAACAAUUAGCCAGAGUUUCAGACUUGGAACAAUUAGCCAGAGUUUCAGACUUGGAACAAUUAGCCAGUUUUUCAGACUUGGAACAAUUAGCCAGAGUUUCAGACUUGGAACAAUUAGCCAGAGUUUCAGACUUGGAACAAUUAGCCAGAGUUUCAGACUUGGAACAAUUAGCCAGAGUUUCAGACUUGGAACAAUUAGCCAGAGUUUCAGACUUGGAACAAUUAGCCAGAGUUUCAGACUUGGAACAAUUAGCCAGAGUUUCAGACUUGGAACAAUUAGCCAGAGUUUCAGACUUGGAACAAUUAGCCAGAGUUUCAGACUUGGAACAAUUAGCCAGAGUUUCAGACUUGGAACAAUUAGCCAGAGUUUCAGACUUGGAACAAUUAGCCAGAGUUUCAGACUUGGAACAAUUAGCCAGAGUUUCAGACUUGGAACAAUUAGCCAGAGUUUCAGACUUGGAACAAUUAGCCAGAGUUUAA